GGGGUGCUUCCAGAACACCCGCAACGCACACACAAACACACAAGCGCUGCGGCCGAACCCAGGGCUGUAGGGGCUAAAGAAGUCUAUGGAAGUAGAAGCCAGCACCAGAUCCCUGUUCCCUGCGGGACCCUGACAUUUGGGCAGGUGACCUCCAGGAUACAGAUUGAGUCUCCGGAGACAGAGGCUUUAAUGGACGAAAUUCGCAAUAACCAGCUUCAGAUCCUAAUAAGGAGGGCGAAGAAUCAGUGGACGAAGCUAACCGCUUCAUACUAACACUUCGUCCUCCCACCCCUUUCCCUUCCAGGUCACCAUGUCUGCAGGCAAUGGCACACCCCCCCCCCCCCGACCGGGGUUAGCAGCGGGGGAGGAGGUCUGGGCGGGAUCGGGAGUAGAGGUGGAGGGCUCUGAGCUGCCCACCUUCUCAGGUGCAGCCAAGGUCCGAGUGGGAGUGACCAUUGUGCUGUUCAUUUCUUCAGCUGCAGGGAACCUGACCGUCCUUUGGUCAGUGACUCGGCCACAACCCGGCCAACUCCGCCCCUCCCCUGUACGACGACUCUUUGCCCACUUAGCAGCUGCUGACUUACUAGUCACUUUUGUGGUUAUGCCCCUAGAUGCCAUCUGGAAUAUCACCGUUCAGUGGCUGGCCAGGGACAUCGCAUGUCGGACACUCAUGUUCCUGAAACUGAUGGCCGUGUAUGCUGCAGCUUUCCUGCCUGUGGUCAUUGGACUUGACCGUCAGGCAGCCGUACUGCACCAGCUUGGACCCCGCUCAGCUGGAAGGAAACUUCUGGGGACUGCCUGGGGACUUAGUUUCCUGCUUGCCUUGCCCCAGCUGUUCCUGUUCCACACCGUCCGCCGAGCUGGCCCAGGCCCGUUCACUUAGCGUGUCACCAAAGGCAGCUUCAAGGCUCGAUGGCAAGAGAUCACCUAUAACCUCUUCACCUUCUGCUGCCUCUUUCUGCUGCCACUGACUGCCAUGACUGUCUGCUAUAGCCACAUUGUCCUCAGGGUGUCUAGUGCCCAGACAAGGAAGGGGAACCAAGCCCCUGCUGGUGAAUUUGCCCUCCGUUGCUCCUUAGACAAUCGCUCCCGUGUUCGCCUGCGGGCCCUGCGACUGGCCUUCCUUGUCUUGCUGACCUUCGUCCUCUGCUGGACACCUUAUUACCUGCUGGGCCUGUGGUACUGGUUCUCUCCCACCAUGCUAACUGAAGUUCCCCCCAGCCUCAGCCACAUCCUUUUCCUUUUUGGCCUCCUCGAUGCUCCUCUGGAUCCUCUCCUCUAUGGAGCCUUCACCCUUGACUGCCGAAGAAGGCACCAAGAACUUAGUAUAGACUCUUCCAGGGCAAAACGUUCUGAGAGAAUGCCCUGACAGGAGAUUCAAGCCCUUAGACAGCUGCAAGUACAAACAAACAUGGCAGCAGGAAGGACAGGAGAAACAGGAGAGACAUUCCUGUAACAUCCAUUUGCAUGG